UUACUCUGUAUAUUAAUAAUCUAUGUCUAGUUGACAGAUAGUUAAUUAAUAGUUAAUAAUUAGUUAAAACUAACCUCAUAUUCAAGUUCCUCGACCUCGAUUACCCUAGGGGUAAUCAUUUUCUAACAACUAUCGAUCAAUUUCAUUGAUUUUAGAAAUGCUGAUUUCUGAUUGGAUAGGACAGACAGACAGACAGACAAACUUUAAGCUUUUUAAGACAGCAUUUAAACGCUGUAUAACCCUUUCUUUCAGAAAAGGGAAUAAGGGAUGAAAAAGAUUACCUAUUUAUAAUAUUUGAAUAAGGUUAUAUAAACAAAAAGACAAAUCGGAGUAUUUUAUGGCGAAGGACGCUCUAUAUAUUUAGUUUUAUAUCUAUUAACAUCAUAAACUAGCGGAAUGCUAUCAGAUAGACGACGACAGUCAAAUUCUAAUAGAAGUACAAACUCUUCUAAUUCGACUAAUAAUGGUGCAAUUGAGGACGCUUUGAACACCUCCGGUAAAUACGAAGCUGAGUUUGUUAUUAACAUAUUUUCAAUGUUUGAUAUGAUUUUUUUCAUUGAAGGCAUGGGUGCGGAGGCAACUGAAAUAAAUGAACUCAAUCAAUUGAACGACAGAAGAAUACAACGACGAAUAAGUAGCGGUAUGUGUAUUUCUGAAGUAAUAACUCCUCAAAGAACAGUAGUGCGAGUGAUCAGAUUGAGAAAUAAGAUAGAGUAUUAUUUCAAUGACUAAUAGUCACUCUUUUGAUCAUUCUUAUAAGAUAAUAAUCAUAGAAUUCUGACUGUAAUAUUCUUUAUAAGAUGAUGCUGCCAUUUGCGAGAUUGCUCGUAAAUAUAAAAUACCACCGGAAAUGGCUAGAUAUCUUCGAGAACUUCGUGAGUAUGAAAUUGUCAUUGUAUGUGAUGAUUCUGGCUCAAUGAAAACAGAAGUUGAUGAUACUGAACACACUCGAUGGGACGAACUUUGCGAAAUUGUUAAAAUUAUACUUGAUAUUGGUGUUAGAUUUGAUUCGAACGGUGUCGAUAUUUACUUUCUCAAUAGAGACGUACUACUUGGAGUGAGAGAUCCGAGAACUGUUGAACAAGUAUUCAAUGAACCUCCAAGUGGCUUAACACCCAUGGUACCUGUUUUAAAACAAGUUUUCCAGUCAGAAUUAGCACGUCGUGGGCGAGAUAAAAAACUAUUAGUAUUUGUAGCAACUGACGGAUUGCCAACCGAUGAAUUUGAAAAAGAAAAUCCACAGGAACUUGAACGUCUCAUGCAAGCAGAGCGGAACGUCAAUACCACACAUGUUUCUUUCUUACUAUGUACUGAUGAUCCGAAUUGUGUCGAGCGUAUGAAAAAGUGGGAUCGAAUAAUGCACAACGUUGAUGUUACUGAUGAUUAUGAGACAGAAAAGAGACGAGUCCUUCAUUGUAGUGGAGCUGACUAUCCUUUCUCGUACGGUGAUUAUAUUGUGAAAGCAUUGGUUGGCGCUAUUGUUCGUCAAAUUGAUGUCAGUAAUGAACUGCAUUAA